GUAAUGAGGACAUUAAGGGUGUGGGUACCCUUCUUUGUGUUAUGGAUCCUUUUACAGGAUCAACAAACGAGGGGUGUACAAGUUCCAAAGUAUUUACAAAAUAAAUAUGGUACAAAAACAUUGACUUCCGAACGUCAUACGGAUGGGAGUGCCUCGAAAUUUUACACGAAAACGAAAUCGGCUUCGAAAACAAAAAUAAAUAGAUCAAGUUGGAGUGCCCCACUGACCGAACAAAAAAGAUUCGACCCAUUUGGAGAUACUAUUAAAAAAAUGGUAUCAUUUCAAGGAGGAUGUACUAGCAUGCCCAAACCAUCAAAUGCUGUGGUGCGAUGCUCGCAAUUUUCCGGAUGUAAGGCUGAUUGUAAGCCGAACCAUCAAUUUCCGAAUGGAAAAACUCAAUUGAAAUUCACUUGUCAUCACGAAGAAUGGAUUACACCAGAAUUUCAAGGUGUACCUGAUUGUGAAGCAAUUUGCGAUCCUCCAUGUCUGAAUAACGGAAUUUGUUCAUCUGAUAACCAGUGUCAUUGUCCUGAAAAUUUCUCAGGACCUCAAUGCGAAAUUCAUAAUAUACCAUGUUUGAGUACUGACGCACCUUUACCAAAAAAUGCUAGAAGAGUUUGUAGUUCAAAACAAUGUACCUUCACUUGCUUACCAAAUAAAGCGUUUCCUGAUGGUUCUCAAAGUACAUCAAUAACAUGUAAAGACGGCAAAUGGGUAUCAAAAGAUAACAAAUUGGCUACAAUACCCAACUGUAAAGCUGUGUGUUCACCACCAUGUCAGAACAAUGCUACUUGUCUUUCUAAUAACCAAUGCAGAUGCCUUGAGAAUUUUUCUGGCUCCAGAUGUGAAAUCGAAAUCAAACCAUGUCUCAGUGCCAAUGCUCCGUUGCCAAGAAAUACCAAAAGAAGCUGCAGUAACAAUAAAUGUUCCAUAAGAUGUUUUGAAGAUCAUGAAUUUCCUGAUGGAUCUCAAGAAAUCUAUAUAGAAUGUCAAAAUGGGAAUUGGGUAUCUCAUGCUAAUAAAUGGGAAACUAUUCCAGACUGCAGGCCUAUCUGUAUUCUAUCGUGUCAAAAUAAUGGAAUAUGCUGGAAACCAAAUGAAUGUAAUUGCCCAGAAAACUUUUCUGGCCCUCAAUGCCAGUAUGAAAACAAACCUUGUUUGAAUCAUUCCCCUAUGCCGAAAAAUGCUAAACGAAGCUGCAAUUCAAAACAAUGUACAGUUACUUGUAUGACUGGACAUCAAUUUCCUGAUGGUUCUGCCAUUGCAACAAUGACCUGCAAAGAUGGGCUCUGGGUACCAACAAGAGAUAAGUGGGUCACAAUUCCGGAUUGCCAAGCAACAUGUGACCCUCCCUGCUUAAAUGGCGGCAACUGUUUGUCGUACAAUGUAUGUCAAUGUCCUCAAGACUACAGAGGUUCUCAAUGCCAGUACUUGGCAAGCGUAUGUUCUCCCAAACUACUGGACUUCAACGGAGGCUACAAUUGUUCUGGUAACGCAGACACAUUCUCAUGUUCAGUCAGCUGUCCAACUGGUAUUGAUUUCGAAUUUCCUCCAGCACCUGUUUAUACUUGUAGUUAUUCCUUGGGUUUUUUUCUACCAGCUCCCAUACCUGACUGCGUCUAUCCCGACGGUUCACAAGUUGAUAUGAUCCCAGGUUCUGAUGAAUCACAAUUAGUGUCGAAUGAAUUUGAUCUGAGUUCAGAAAAAACUAGAAACUUGAUCAAAAGAAUCCAAAAAGCAUUGGAUAGUGGAGAAAGUUUGAUAACAACUAUAAAGAGGAUCAGGAAAGAGUUAUCUUCAUCUAAAGGAGGAAUGAGUAGCGCCGAAAAAGAAUUAUUAGAUCAAUUGGAAGAAGCAUUGGCCACUGGACAAGAAGAUAUAAUUAAUGACAUCAAAACCAUGAACGUCUCUGAUAUACCAGUUACUACGCCUAAAUCAAUUAUGGUCGAUGAUAGUUCAAAAAUAAUCAGUAGUAAAGUUAAAGACUUGGAAACAGCUAUUAUUGAACAAAAACUUCCAACUCCAGGGACUUGUUUUACCUGGGGUGGAUCCCAUUACAAAACCUUCGACAAUAGGGUAUUUAGUUUCAAAUCACCAUGUCCGCAUGUAUUGGUUCGUGACUCCAAAGACAGUACAUUUAGUAUCAUUAUUCAAGAUGCGCCUACUUGUACAAAAGAUCCACUCAACUGUUAUGAAGAUAUAUUGAUAUAUAUUCAAAAUGUUGAGUAUCUAUUAACCAAGAGCGCCGAUGGUCAGCUAGUUUUUAAAAGUGGGGAGAAAGUUCUUCCGAUUCCUGGUAGAAUUCCUGGUAUCAGAGUGGAAUUGCAAGGAAACAAUCUUUUACUCAACUUGGAUACCCUUGGAGUUUCAGUGCUUUGGGAUGGUCAGCAACUAAUUCAAGUCUCCCUGAAAGAAAAUCAUUGGAAUCGAACUGAAGGUUUGUGUGGAAACCUAGAUGGAGAUCCAAGUACUGACGUUGUUAGUGAAGAUGGACAAACUCCGAAAAAUAUUCUCACUUUUGCUAAUAGUUGGAAAGUCGACCAUAUCGGAAAUCGUUGUGAGGAUUCUCCGUCUGAAGAUCAAGUAUGCACUAAGACACCAGAAAAGACGCAAGCUGCUACAGAUUUCUGCCAAAAAAUUAUUUCAGACAAUAGAUUUAAGCAGUGUCAAGGCGUAUUAGAUAUUGGUUAUUUAUAUGAUGCUUGUCGAUCCGAUUACUGCAACUGUCCAAAAGAAGAUCCAACUUCAUGUGCUUGCGAAACUUUUAAUGUAUAUGUGAAACAUUGUUCGCAUUUCGGAAUCAAGCAAUUAUUUAACUGGAGAGAUGAGAAGACUUGCCCUAUGAAUUGUACGAACGGAAAAAUCUACAAAUCGUGCAGUAGUACGGAUAGGCAGCCGACCUGUGGAGCAAUCGCAGAAGGUAAAAUAGAUACCAAGGAUGUUUGUGUCGAAGGAUGUUUCUGUCCAGAAGGAACCGUAUUAAAUGAUGGAAAAUGCAUUACUAGAGAUCAAUGUCCUUGUAAGUUAAGAGGAAAAAGCUUUACAGCUGGAUCAUCAGUACCAAAAGAUUGUAAUACUUGUACUUGUGUAGAUGGGCAAUGGGUUUGUACACAGGUUGAUUGUGGAGCAAGAUGUUCAUCUAUUGGAGAUCCUCAUUAUUUCACUUUUGAUGGAAAAAAAUAUGAUUUUAUGGGUAAAUGUUCUUACUAUUUAGUGAAAACAAACAACUUUUCUAUCGAAGCAGAAAAUACUCCUUGUGCUGGUGCCAUAUCUGAAGCUAUGAACUUCCCAGUUAGUAUUCUAUCAGGAACACCAUCUUGUACAAAAACAGUAACAGUCAGGAUAAACGGUCAGAUUAUUAAGUUGAAACAGAAUAAUGAGCUGAUAGUGAAUGGAGAAGAUGUCCAUAAAGUACCAUUUACUAUUGCUGGGAUUAAGAUCAGAAAAGUUUCUUCCAUUUUCUUACAAACCACAUUACCCAAUGGUGUUGAAAUAUGGUGGGAUGGUAAUAAUAGAGUAUACAUUGAUCUGCCUGCUAAAUUUAGUGAACGGACAAGGGGUCUUUGUGGUACUUUCAACUAUAAUCAAAAAGAUGAUUUUCUAACUCCACAAGAUGACAUCGAACAGUCUGUUAUAGCUUUUGCUAACAAAUGGAAAACUACUGAAACCUGUCCGGAUCUUCCUGAAGUAGUUCUAACACAUCCUUGUGACAGAAACAUACACAGAAGAGGAGAAGCUGAACAAUAUUGUAUGAAGAUUAAAUCGGAAUUGUUCAAAGACUGCCACUGGUUUGUUGAUCCUGAACAAUUUUACAGAGAUUGUCUCUACGAUAUGUGCUCGUGUGAAUUCCCUGUGUCUAAAUGUCUUUGUCCGAUAAUGGCCAGCUACGCCAGUGAAUGUUCUCGACAAGGAAUCAAAGUAGAUUGGAGAUCGGAAGUUCGGGAAUGUGGUGUACAUUGUCCUGGUGGUCAAAGCUUCCAGGUGUGUGGUAAUUCCUGUACCAGAACCUGUCGUGAUAUCGCUGAAGAUGAAAAUUGUAAGCCCCAAUGCGUCGAAGGUUGUAAUUGCCCAGAAGGACAAACUUUAGAUGAUAAUGGUGAAUGUAUAGCGAUUCGACAAUGCCAAUGUCAAUAUCGUGGAACGGAUUUCCCACCAGGUUACAUGGAGAUCAGACCUGCGCCGAAAGCUCCAGAAUUAUGUACUUGUAUAGAUGCUGUAUGGGACUGUUACGAGGCAGAUGAAGCGGAAAUAAAAAUGUAUCCAAGUUCAGAUUUAGUACAAAAUAAGUGUAAUGGUAGUCUUAAUAUGGAAUUUACAACUUGUGAACCCGUGGAACCAGUCACUUGCAAGAACAUGCACUCUCCGCCUGAAUAUUCCCCUGCUAUUUGUCAUUCAGGAUGUCAAUGUAAAAAGGGAUAUGUCUUGGAAACAACGACGCAGCAUUGUGUAAAACCUACUGAAUGCCCAUGUCAUCACGCUAGCAAAAGCUAUAAAGAAGGUUCAGUAGUUCAAAGUGGCUGCAAUACUUGCUCUUGUAAGAACGGAAAAUGGAGUUGUACGGACCGACAAUGUGCAGCUGAAUGUAGUGCUUGGGGAGAUUCACAUUACAAAACAUUCGAUGGAAAACGUUUCGACUACCAAGGAGAAUGCGAUUACGUUUUCGCCAAAGGAAAACUCGAAUCUAAUUCGUUCCACGUUUCAGUACAAAAUGUACCUUGUGGUACCCUGGGAACUGCUUGUUUCAAAUCAGUCACUAUAAAAGUUACUUCAGGGGAUGGAUCAGAUAUUAUUACUCUUGAAAAAGAUAAGCCUUUGCCAGGUCUAAAAUCUUUUAAACAUAUAACCGCAAGAGAAAAGAGCAUGUUUGUCAUAAUUGAAGCACCGGAUCUUGGCUUGGUCAUUCAUUGGGAUAAAGGAACUAGAGUUUAUGUGAGAUUGGAUCCAAGAUGGAAAGGACGGACUAAAGGUUUGUGUGGUAAUUUCAACGACGAUGAAAUAGACGAUUUCCAGACACCUUCGGGAGGUCUUGCUGAAGUUUCUGCCAAUAUUUUCGGAGACUCUUGGAGAUUACAAUCGUAUUGCAGUGAAGCUCCUGAAAUUAAGGACACUUGCACUUACAGACCAGAUCGCAAAGUAUGGGCCACCAAAAAAUGCGGAGUAUUGAAAACACAAACAUUCGCAGCUUGUCACUCUGAAGUACCAGUUGACUAUUUCUUUGAAAAAUGUAUUUUCGACAGUUGUGCUUGUGAUCAAGGAGGUGAUUGUGAAUGUAUGUGUACCGCUUUAGCCGCCUAUGCCCAAGAAUGCAACAGCAGAGGAGUUGCUAUCAAGUGGAGAACCCCUGAAUUCUGUCCAAUGCAAUGCGAUGAAAGAUGUACUAACUACAAUCCUUGCAUAUCUACAUGUCCAGAAGAAACUUGUGACAAUCUAUUAACUAACAAAAAAUACUCCAAAACUUGUGCUGAAGACAGUUGUAUAGAAGGGUGUGCUCCUAAACCUUGUCCACCUGGUUAUGUAUACAGAAAUAGCUCUCACAAUGAAUGUGUACCUGUGGAAAUAUGCAGACCUAUUUGUUUAGUUGUUAAUGGCACCACUUAUUAUGAAGGUGACAAAAUGGAAGAGGAUGAUUGUCACACUUGUUAUUGUUCGAGAGAAGAAAAGAAAUGCAGUGGAAAGCCGUGUACGUCGACAACAAUACCUACCACCUUGACGACUUUCGCUAUGGAACAAGAAAUGCAAUGCGAUGAAGGUUGGACGGCAUGGAUUAACCAAGUAACUGCCACUGAUAAAGAACAAAUAAAACAAGAAGAAAUUGAACCUAUACCUACUACAGCAGUAUUGAACCAAUUAAAAGAUUCCGCAAAAUGUAAUGUAGACAUGAUGGUGGAUAUUGAAUGUCGUACAGUUAAAGAUCACAUUCCUUCUAAAGAAACUGGCCUAGACGUGGAAUGUUCUCUAGAGAAGGGUCUGAUUUGUAAAUCUUCCGGAAAGAAUAAAGAAUGCCCUGAUUUUGAAAUACGCGUCAAGUGCCAAUGUGAAGCUACAACAACACCAGUACAAGAGCAAAUUACCACUGGUGAACCAGCAUGUUUCUUAAAUGACACAAGAGAAGAUAUAAGAGAUUGUUCUACGUAUUAUGUGUGCACGUUUGGUGUAAGAGGAAAUAAAUGGGUGAAAAUGACUUGUGCCAAUGAUACACUUUUUAAUCCGAUCAAGAAAACGUGUGAUUCCCAGAGAGAAGUUGAAAAAGUUAAGCCGUCAUGUAUAUCUGAAAUUGAAUAUACUUUCGAAGAGCCGAUACCAACAUGUGCACCAGGUACUGUUUAUGACAAUUGUGCUAUCAAAUGCAAACAACUUUGUCAUUACUACAGCUUUUUAGUGAAGAAACAAGGUUUAUGUAAAGGAGAAACUACAUGCGAAGCAGGAUGUGUCUCAGCUAUUAGAGAUAAGCAUUGUCCUGCUGGAUCUGCAUGGUUAAAUGAAAAUACGUGUGUUAAGACUAGUUCUUGUUUGUGCGUCACCGAGGAAGGCAAACCUAUGAAGCCAGGCGAAGUUAUUGAAUACGAAGAAGCUUGUAAGAAAUGUCAAUGUAUAAACAACGUAAUAGCAUGUCAAGAAAACACUUGCACAACUCUAGAAGAGACUGAGAGUACUAAAAUGGAACCAACUACUAGUCUAACUCAAAAAUCAUCGUCCAGUGCAUCUGCUCCUAUUGAAAUAAUUGAAGAAGAAGAGAUUCCAAGUACCAAGAAAGCUGCCACCACUAGCUACACUAGUAAAAAAGUUAGUAGUGGAGCCGCUCCGGUCGAAAUAAGCGAAGAAGAAGCUCCAAGCACAAAAGGGCUCAAAUAUACCACUCAUGCUAGAAAAAAACCUACAAGUCAAGCCGCUCCUAUUGAAAUAACUGAGGAAGAAGAGACUCCAAGUACCAAGAAAGUCGCUAUCACUAGCUACACUAGUAAAAAAGCUAGCAGUGGAGCUGCUCCUGUCGAAAUGAGUGAAGAAGAAACUCCAAGCACGAAAGAACUCAAAUACACCACUCAUGCUAAAAAAAAACCUACAAGUCUAUCUGCACCUGCUGAAAUAACUGAAGAAGAAAUUUCUAUACAUACUACCACUACCACAGAAGCUACUACUACAACAAAGAUGCUAAAAGUAACUGAGCGAAUUGUCGUUGAGACAGAAGCGCCAGUUGCUGCGGGUAAGCCGCUAGUCUCUGAAACCACACCCUAUCCAACUCCAAGUGUCACUCCACCUGAGAAAUGUACUAAGGACAGGUUCAUACCGCUGAUCCAGGGAGAUUCUCCUUUGCCAGACGACGCUUUCAGUGCCAGUAGUGUUUUGGAAGAUAUUUUCUCUCCUAGCAAUGCAAGAUUAGACAGCGAUGUCAGUGAAACUUCCGGAGGGAGUUGGGCGCCGAAAUAUCCCAAUGAAAAUCAAUAUUUGGAAAUUAACUUUGGCAAACAAGAACCUGUUUAUGGAGUUAUUGUUAGAGGAAGUCCAAUGUAUGAUGAAUACGUGACAAGCUAUAGAGUGCUAUAUAGUCCAGAUGGACAUACUUUCUAUUAUAUCCUCGACAAAAAUACCAAAGAACCAGUUAUAUUUAGAGGUUCUACUGAUUCAACAACUGGCGUAAAGCAAUACUUUGAUGAACCUGUUGAGGCUACAAAAAUCCGUAUCAAUCCAAAAUCAUGGAAUAAUGGUAUAUCCCUGAGGAUAGAGCUUGUUGGUUGUGCCGAAACAACUCCAGCUCCAACCACAGUUGAAUCAACAUCGAUAAUUAUUGUAACAACAACUCCAGCUCCUGAACGCUGUAACGAUCCACUUGGUCUAGAUAAUAGUUCACUAUCUUUGUCUCAAAUAUCUGUUAGUUCUUCUAAAGAUUCUCGACAUGACAAAUCCAAUCUCAAAUUAAGCAGUGAUUCAGCAUGGCAACCGCUUCUUGAUUCACCUACAGAAUCUGUUAUGUUCAAUUUCUUGGAACCGAGAGAGUUGACUGGUGUAGAAACAAAAGGAGGACCGGAUGGUUGGGUAGAGAGUUAUGUAGUAGAAUAUUCUCACGAUGGAACAAAUUGGAAUCCAGUUUUAUAUGAAGGAAAAGAGAGAAUAUUUCCAGGAAAUUACGAUUCUGAUAUGCCUCAAUUGAAUACAUUCCAAUUACCUAUUAGAGCACAAUACUUGAAAAUUCUUCCCAAAAAAUGGAAGAACAAUAUUCAACUUCGUGUAGAAGUUCGUGGAUGUUAUUUACCAUAUCCUACUGAAUCUACAAUAGAAUCUACUGUGCCUACUACGACUAUUAUAUAUGAAUGUAAUUAUUGCCCAGGAAUACCUGAAAAGAAUGUCAAUCUGGAGGUUUGUAGAUGUUUGUCAACACAAUAUUGGGAUGGACAACAAUGUGUUCCACGUUCUGAUUGUCCAUGUGUUGUUGGGACAAUGAGAUAUUCAAUCGGCGCUAUUUAUGAAAAAGAAGAUUGUUCAGAAUGCAUUUGUAAGCUUGGAGGUGUCGAGCAUUGUACACCGAAGAAAUGCGAACCUUGUGCUGAAGGAUUACGGAGUACUGUUACUACCACUUGUGCUUGUAACUGUCAACCAUGCGAAGAGGGAACUAUCUUAUGUCCAACCAGUAACAUAUGUAUUAACUCAACUUUGUGGUGUAACGGAGAAGAAGAUUGUCCCGAUGAUGAAAUUUAUUGUGCAGAGUAUGAUAGAGAAGAGACUUGGACUACUCCUCGUGAGGAACUAGAAUCAUUGUUGGAAUUGGAGCCAGAACCUGAAUUUACCACCAAAAAACCUCUAACUACAACUAUAAGGCUUACUACUGAAUCAACGACUACUGUUACACAACAGCCUACGACACCUAAAGAAGAAGUAUGUCAUGUAAUUGUUUGUCCUCCUGGAUUUGAGAAGGUCUUGAAGAAGCAAAGCAAGAAAUCUCAGAACAAAUAUUUGUCGCCAAUGAUAAGAAAUACAAAUACAAAAACAUCUGGUAGAAAAGGAGGUAGAAACAUUUCGCAAAAACCAAAAACUUCAACUAGAAAAUGGAACUUACCUCCUCCAAAGAAAAUGGAUAAGCCAGAAAAAGUUUGUGAAACAUAUAUCUGUGUGCCGAAAUUCCCGGAAGACCUCGAAGACUCUAGUGAAGAGAGAUUGUUAUUCAAAUGCCCUGAGAUAGAAUGUGAAGACGGUUUGAUCCCAAUUAUAGAUAACAGCAAUAGCUUCUGUCGAGAAUUCCACUGCGAAGCUCCACCUAAGCCAGAUGCUCUGUGUAAGGUGAAUGGAAAGACAUUCAACACUUUUGAUAAUGUUGAGUUUACAUAUGACAUCUGCAACCAUGUUUUAGUCAGAGAUUUAGAAUACGACAACUGGGAAAUAUCACUGAAAAAAACGUGUACAACAGUUUGCUCAAGAGACCUAAUCAUCCAACAAGAUUGGGAAGAGUUUAUCAUUCAUCCUGAUUUCACCAUCGACUUUGAUGGAUACACUUACACACUAGAUCAAGCAAUUCUAUUAGCACAAACGCAAUCUGAUUUUAUUAUAAAACAAAUUGGUAACACCAUAUUAUUCGCUUCCCCAAAAUAUGGAUACUGGGUUAUUUAUAACAGAGAAGGAGAUGUUAAGAUUGGAGUGGAUCAGGAGUUGAUUGAUAAGGUUGAUGGAUUGUGUGGAUAUUUUGAUGGAGAUAACGAAGGUGAAAAGAGGAAACCAGACGGCAGCUUAGCAAAAACUACGGCUGAUUUUGGAGACAGUUGGGCUCUGUCGCACGACCAACCAGAUAUUUGCCAUGCAAAGGCUUGUCCGCUCGAAUUACAGAAUAGAGCUUGGACUCUCUGCAACAAAGUAAAACAAAAAUCUUUGUUCAAAUGUGGAUACAUACUGGACGUUGAAUCUUUCUUAUCUCAUUGUUUGGAAUCUACUUGUUCGUGUCUAGAACGAUCAGUGAAUGAUCCUAAAGGUGAAGAAAUCUGUAAAUGUGAUGCUCUUCAAAACUUCGUAGCUGAUUGCCUUUCAUCUGAACCAAGUCUUGACUUAUCAAACUGGAGAAUAGAACAAAACUGCCCUGCACAUUGUGAAGCUCCAUUAAUAUAUCAAGACUGUUAUCAAAGAAGAUGCGAGCCUAGCUGUGAGACAUUGUCAGAUCCACGUGCUUGUCCAAAAGUCGAUGACAUGUGCUUCCCUGGAUGUUAUUGUCCGCCCGGAUACGUCAGAGAUGGAGAUAACUGUGUCCAACCAUCCAGUUGUAGAAAUUGCGAAUGUGACUUGAAACCACAUCUGACUUACACUACUUAUGAUGACAACCAGUUUACUGUUAACGGCAACUGCGUAUAUAUAAUGUCAAGAGAUGUAUCGGCUACACUGGAUAAUAAACACGAAUUCCAGCUAUUGAUAACAAACGCACCUUGUUCGAAAACAAAUACCAACAACACCAUCCAGAAAUCGGAAAACUGUAUUGGAAAGAUUACUAUUCUCUACAAAGGGCAUAAGAUCCAUGUACUGAGAGAUCAAUCAAAAUCGAAAUUGAAGUUGAUUGUUGAUGGAGAAUCCAUUGUCGAUAUGGUGGAAAUUGCUCCAAUUAUAAAUGUCGAAAAAGAAGGAAACGAUUUAAAAAUUGUGUUACCUGACGUACAAGUUGAAGUAUUUGUUGUAUAUCCAAGUCUGGCAGUAAGUAUCAAAGUACCAUCUUACACUUACGCUGGUAAAUUAGAAGGUAUAUGUGGAGAUUGUAAUGGUAAUACUAGGGAUGACUACAGAACACCUGAUGGCAAGAAACCUGUGGAUGAAAAAGACUUUGGACUUAGCUGGUUGUAUGAAGAUCUUCCUGGUGGUCAAAAUAGAGAACAAUGUGCACCGGAAGAAGUAAGAGAAGAAAAAUGUCAAAUACUACCAGGGCAACGAGACCCGUGUAGCCAAUUAUUAGACGGAAACAAAUUUGGACAAUGUGCGAAUUUGUUAGACCCAACUCCAUACUUUGAGUGGUGUCGUAAAGAUACUUGUGAAGGAGACCCGACAGACUCAUGUGAAGUUUUAGAACAGUAUGCCAAAGAAUGUGCUAAAAUCGGUUUCUGCGUGUCGUGGAGAAAUAAUCUCUGUCCAGCACCAUCUUGUCCUGCUGGUUUAUUCUUUUCUCCUUGCGGACCUGUGCAGCCAGAAACUUGUGAAAGUAUCAAACAAUCUAGCGAAUUGGAAAACAAUAAAAAAAGUUUUGUUGAAGGUUGCUUCUGUCCUAAAGGAAAGGUUUUAUUAAACAAUACAUGUUUAACUCCAAAAGAAUGCAUCACUUGUGACAACGAAGGACAUCAUCCAGGAGACGAAUGGAAUAAGGAUAAAUGCACGAAAUGUAGAUGUGAAGAUACUAAUUUAAAAUGUGAUACUCAACAAUGCCCUGAUCUUGCAAAUCUUUGUGAAAGAGGAUAUCAUGCUGUUAAAGUUCCCUCAAAUUCUGAUGAUUGUUGUGAAAAAUAUACUUGUGCUCCUCAACCAACUUUUGCCCCGGUUUGUGAACCACCGCAAGCUUUGGUGUGCGGUACAGACCAGAUUACUAAACUGGAAACAAAGGCAAAUGGCUGUCAAAGUUAUAUUUGUGAAUGUAAACCCAAGGAAGAAUGUGACGAUGUUGAUCUCACUACACCAGCUGUUCUAGAACCAGGUUAUGUGAGAGUAAUUGAUACAAAUAGUAGCUGCUGUCCGAUUAUCAAUUUGCUAUGCCAAAAAGAAAGGUGUCCCGAUCCUGUUCCAUGUCCAGAAUUCUAUUCCCUUAAAGUAAACCAAGAAAAAGAUAAAUGUUGUCCGACAUAUUCUUGUGAAGCUCCCAAACAGUGUAUUGUUACGACUGAAUAUGCUGCCGCCGUAGAUGGUGGAGAACGCCCCUUGUCUGAUUUAGAAAAACAGAAGUCUCUUAAGAAUGUUGAUGAAAUUUGGCAAGACGGUCCUUGUAGAGAAUGUACAUGUAUUUACAACAAGGGUAACGAUGCCUACAUUUCAAGUUGUGAAAAGAUGGUAUGUCCACUUAUGGAACAGAGUUCAGACUUCGAGGAUUAUGAGCUGGUUGCAGUAAAUCAUUAUCAGGAAUGCUGCCCUACUUAUACAAGGGUUGCUUGCAAAUAUGACGGUAAAAUUCAGAAGAUAGGAGAAUCUCGGGUUAAGGAUGAUGAUGUUUGUACAACAUUGAUGUGUACAAAUUCAACCAGUGGCUACGCUCAAAAGCAAACUUCGAUUAAACAUUGCACCAAGAAAUGUGAUGUAGGUUUUGAGUAUGUUGAACCCACUCCAGAAUCUAAAAAAUGCUGUGGAUCUUGCAAACCGAUUGCUUGCGUUGUCGAUGGAAAGAUAUAUGAAAUUGGACAAGAAUGGACCUCAGAAGAUUACUGUACAAGUAAUGUUUGUACUGAUGUAGAAGGAUCGGUACAAGUGAAAUCUAUUAUUACGUCUUGUCCCGAGAUACCAGAAGAAACAUAUAAGAAUUUCGUUGUUGAAAUAAAACCCGUCGAGGGUGAAUGCUGCGAAAAACAAAUUUUGAAAUCUUGUAAAAUCAAUAAUAAUGUAGUAGAGAUCGGGGAAACAUGGCAGUCACCCACAGAUAAAUGCAAAACGUUCACAUGUUAUGACAAGGGCAACAACGAACUGGUAAUCAAAGAAACGAUGCAUACGUGUAAAACUGAUUGUGAGAAGGGUUGGGAAUAUCAAGAAUCCGAAACCGAGUGCUGCGGUAAAUGCAUUCAAGCAUCAUGUGUUCUUGAAGGAGAAGUGAAAGAGGAAGGUGAAACGUGGAAAUCGCCAGACAACUGCACAACGUUCAGUUGCGAAAAAAUAGGUGAUCAAUUCAGUAUCGUCACCAAUCAAGAAACUUGUCCACCCAUCGACCCAUCUUGUGAUCCAAAAUAUAUCAUUAGCAAUGGUUGCUGUCAAUUCUGUAACGUUACCACCGAAUCUCAAGUGAAAUGUCUAGCGGUAGAGAAACCAGAGAAACAAACGGUUGGAAUUUUGAAAGAAUCAGAUUGUACGAACAAACAUCCUAUCAAGAACUUUACGGAAUGCGUAGGCAGUUGUGGUUCGGAAACCACCUUUAAUUCCAUUUCGGGAAGUAUGCAGACAAAAUGUUCUUGUUGUCAAGGAAUCGAACACAAGACUAUUCUCGUUGAAUUGGAGUGUUCAGAUGGUAAUAAACUCGAAAAGAAAAUUUUAGUACCAUCAAAAUGCAGCUGUAGUCUUCAAGAAUGUGUGGGGAAUGUUAAAAAUAUCGAGCUUCCUUCGGUUCCUGAUAAAUCGUUGCUCAAAAGAGUGCGACGUUGGUUUAACUAGUGUAAUGAAAAGACGCUGAUAAGAUAAGAUGUAACGUUUUUUAUUAUUUUUAUUAUUAAGUGAAAAUUUUAUUACAGUUGAAUAAAACAAGUUGAUGUUGAA